AUGAAACCAUCUAAACUGCAAGAUCAUCUGAGAAGAUGCCACCCUGAUAAAACAGAGAAAGAUUUGAAAUACUUUCAAACACUCAAAGAUAAAUUUCAGAAGAGACCUAUACUGGACAGAAUGUUCGAUUCGACGUCACAAAGAAAUGAUGAUGGUUUGCGGGCGUCUUACAAUGUCUCGUUACUUAUAGCAAAAUCCGGAAAACCGCAUACUAUCGGAGAGAAGUUAAUUUUGCCAGCCGUUGAAGAGGUUUUAAAAACUGUUUUACACAAACCUGCAUCUGAUCAUUAA